AUGGCUUCUCGGCCUUCCAUAACGUGUCAAAAUUUAGUAUCAUUGUCAGCGGAUGAAGCUAAUUCCCUUAUUGAGCCUUUCUCUCUUUCGGAAAUUAAGGAUGCGAUUUGGGGUUGUGUUGGUGAUCGGGCUCCUGGCCCGGAUGGCUUUAACUUCAAAUUCAUUAAAAAUAACUGGGAUCUCUUUCAAGGCGAUUUUCUCAAGGUUUUUCAGGAAUUUCAUUCAAAGGGGUCUAUUAGUAGAUGUUGUUCGUCUUCGUUCAUCGCCUUGAUUCCUAAAAUUAAUGACCCAAUUUCUCCGUCCAAUUUUCGUCCAAUUAGUUUAAUUGGAGUGGUUAACAAAGCUAUCUCUAAAGUUCUGGUAAAUAGGCUUAAAAAAGUUGUCGGGAAGCUUGUGUCGGAGGAACAGACUGCCUUUCUGGCCGGGAGAAAUAUUUCAGAUGGCCCCCUUAUUCUAAACGAAGUUAUCGCUUGGAUGAAGAGAGCAAAAAGACCAGGUAUGGUAUUUAAGAUUGAUAUUAAUAAAGCCUAUGGUUCCCUCAACUGGAAAUUUUUAGAGUCGGUUAUGACUCAAAUGAAUUUUCCGGUGCUAUGGAGGGACUGGAUUAUGGCAACUCUUGUCUCGUCUAGAGCUUCGGUACUUGUGAAUGGUUCACCCACUAUGGAAUUUGAGUGUACACGAGGGUUGCGGCAGGGAGAUCCUUUGUCUCCCUUUUUGUUUGUCAUUGCCAUGGAGGCGCUUUCUGGGAUUAUAAAAAAGGUUGUGUCGGAAGUGUAUGGAGUUGGGGUGAACGAUGCAGAGGCUCAUCUUAUGGCAAACGUUUUGGGAUGUAAAAAGGGUUCAUUUCCCUUUAAGCACCCAGGCUUGGUGGUAGGAGCAAACAUGAACCUUACUCGUAACUGGAAGCCGGUUAUUGAUAUAUUCAAGAAUCGGUUGUCACUAUGGAAAGCAAAGAAUCUUUCAUAUAGGGCUCCGGCUAAAGUCUUAGAUAUCUUGGAGAGGUUGAGGAGAGUCUUUUUUUGGGGCGGUUUGGAUGAAAACUCUCGUAUGAGUUGGAUGGCAUGGGAAAAGGUAACUGCUCCUAUGGAAUACGGUGGAUUAGGAUUUGGUUCCCUCCGAGAUGCUAAUUUAGCGAUGCUCUCAAAAUGGUGGUGGAGAUUCAAAAUGGACAAAGACGGUCUAUGGAGAAGAGUGAUUUGGGCGAUUCACCGUAACAAUAUAUCAUGGGCUCCAAUCCCAGCAAAGAUGUCAAUACCAGGCCCCUGGAAGCAAAUCAUCGGGAUUAAUACUCAUCUUAAUCAGAUUGGGGUUAAUCUCAUUGAUGCAAUUUGGUGUCGGGUGGGAUGUUGUUCGAAAGCAGCCUUCUGGCUGGAUAUUUGGAUCAGUGAGCAGCCUUUAUAUGUCAAGUUCCCGGUAUUAUUUGCUCUUGAAAUAGAUAAGUCUUGCUGCGUUUCGAAUCGGGUCUCAUGGGGGGAGAAUACGGUGAACCUUUCAUGGAGGUGGAUCCGUCCUGUAACAUCAGUUAGUGAACAAGAGGAGUUGUUAGAGUUGUCGCUCCUUUUAUGUGAAUUUAUUGGUGGUAAUGGGACUAAUGUAUGGGAAAACUAUACUGCUCCUCGGAUUGUACUUGCUGCAUCGGGUGUUGAACACGAGCAACUGUUGAAAUACGCAGAGCCUCUUCUCUCUGACUUUCCAGGUGGCGCUCGAGUUGAGGAACCACAAUCGGUUUAUGUCGGUGGUGAUCAUCGAGUUACGGCUGACACAGGGAUCAGAUAUUCACACAGACACCCACCCUUCUUCUUCUUCCUCUUCUCCCCUGCCACCACCACCACCUCUCCUCCCACAUCACCUCCACCUCCCCUGCUGACACCACCUCCAACACCACCUCCACCUGCUACCACAUCUCCGCCACCACCUCCUACAUCUCAGCCACCACAUCUCCGCCACCACCACCAAACCCAUCAAUUUAGGGGGAGACCGUAG